AUGACGACAACAGCGUCGGUGGAAUAUGUGAAAUUGAUUGUUUCAUGUUUGGAUUAUUCGGUUGGCAAUAGUUUAGCAAGAGUUGUUCUGCAAAAAGCACUGACAUCCACGAAUGAGGCUGCAAGGAAGUGGUCAACUCGUUUUCUUGGUGUUCUUGCGUCUCAUGAGCUAUUGAAUUUCGAAGAUUGGGGUAUGAGUCUUCUUUUAGCACAGCUUUCCGAUCCGUCUCCGAAGGUUGUUAGGCAUGCUGUACGACUGCUUCAUCGUUGGAUGCCUUUCUAUCCAGACAGUGUUACGCUCUUGAAAAAAGUUCGUCUAGAUGCACUUGGCGAUGCAGGUGUUAUGCUGAAAACACAUUUGUUUGCGAAUGAAGAAUACGUUCAGCUGAACCCCGAUGAUGUGCAAAUGACAUUUAAUAUAUGGAGAAAGCAGUUCAAUGCGCGUUACGUUGACAUAAUUGAUGAGGAUAUGAAAGUGGCAUUACUCAACAUGAAAAGAUCACUGGACGGUCGUUUCGCUCGAAUUUCAAAUGAUAGAUCAUCGAGACGAUCUGUUCCAUUACCAGUUCAUUUUUAUGGUCAACUGGCACUCCAUCCAAGUGGACAGCAAAUAUUAGCGCAAAGUGGUGACAUUGAGAGGUUAUUAAAAUACUUGAGAGAAUGGCCAGUUAGUGUUGAAAUCGAUCAAUUACGCAAUGUCAAAGGUGCCAUCCUUGCAUUGGCUCAUAUUGCUGGAUCUUCUAGUUCAACUGCCCUUAGUAUAUUACCUGCUGAAACAGUUCCAAUAAUUUGUCGUUACGCAGAACAAUGUCCAGUUUUAAGUGUUCGAGGUGUCGCCUUUUGGGCGAUUAACUUGAUUGGCAGUACCAAACGAGGUUCGUUACACUAA